UAUACUAAUUAUUGAAAGUGAUCGUUUAUGUAGUAAAAUAAGAUAAAAAUGAAUGAAGGAAGCUGUUCUUUAUGCUUUACAAUGGAAAGGAGAACAAUAAAUAUUACAAAAACACACUUGCAGCAAGUUUACGAAAAAAUAGCUGGUUAUGAUAUUCAAGAUGCAAUGUUCUUAUGUUUCAUCUGUCGCACUCGACUGCAGCAGUGCUACCAGUUCUGGCUGCUUGUACACAGAGCCGAAAGUGUUUUUAAAAACUUUGGAAACAAUCACAAGUUGUUUCAAGCGGUCAAUGUGUUGAAGCCACAGAAGCCACUAUUGGAGCUAUGCACAACUGAUGUGGUCAAUAUCUCAAUAUUGUUGAACGAAGAGGCAGUAAAACUCGAAGAUGACAUCAAAUCAGAGGACCAGUGUGAUGAAGGAACAACUAAAUCGGAAGUUAAUGACUUUGACAGAACAGAUGAUUUCAAUAGAAGCUCGGAUUCAGAAGAUGAUUUGCCACUCAAAGACAUUAAAGUUAAGCAGGAGAUGGAGCAGGGAGAGGGAAAGAAGACUGAAGUGGAGAUCAAGAUAAUGGAAAAAGAGGCUAUAGAACUCCACGCGAAGGAGAUAACACUCAGCUUGGCGGAGCAGCUGCAAGAGCUGCGCGCGCGCGCCGCCAGCGACAACUACGUGCAUGCUGCGUACCGCUGCGAGCUGUGCUACCGCGGCUACGUCGACCCCGUCGCGUAUGAGAAUCAUAAAGAGAAACAUGACAAGCGCGCAGGCGAUCACGAGUGCGGCGUGUGCCGGCUGCGGUACGUGAGCGGGCGGCAGCUGCGCGCGCACGCCGCCGCCGCGCACGAGCGCCGCUACCUGUGCGCGCGCUGCCCGCACCGCUCCCACACCAGGUACCAGGCGGUGGAGCACGAGCUCUGGCACCGCGGCCACACGUACCGCUGCGACCCCUGCGGCCUCGCCUUCGCCAAGCCGACGACAUACAUGACGCACAUGCGCAAGCGUCACGCGGGCGAGCACGCAUGCGCGCGCUGCGGGGAGAGCUUCGCCAGCGCGCACGGCCUGCGCCUGCACGCCGCCAAGACACAUGGCAGACAACUGUCAGAAACUACGCCGGAGGCGAAGGCGGGAGGCGGGGCGGGGGAGGUGGACGGCAAAGUGGGCGGGGCCAACCAGUGUGCGGAGUGCGGGCUGCGGUUUAUAAGCGAGGCCGCGCGCCGCCGACACGUACUCACCGCGCCCGCGCACCACCUGUGGACCGACAAGGGUUUAUGUGCGCUGUGCGGCGCGGCCGUGCGCGGCGUGGACCGCCGGACGCACGCGCGUCGCCACCGCGCCGAGAUCGCGCCGCGCCCGCGCGCCCCGCCCAGACCCAAACCCAACUUACGCUGUGAACAGUGCGACGCGACGCUGUCGUCAGUGUCGAACCUGAACGCGCACGUGCGGCGCGUGCACCUCGGCGAGCCCGUCGCUCGCCCCCACGUGUGCGAGCUGUGCGGCGUGCGCUGCACCUCUCGCGCGACGCUCCGCUACCACCAGCGGCGGCACACGGGCGAGAAGCCGCACGUGUGCGCGUGCGGCGCGCGGUUCGCGCUGUCGUCGGCGCUGCGGGUGCACGCGCGCACGCACUCCGGCGAGCGUCCCUACCGCUGCUCCGUCUGCGGGAAGCGCUUCUCGCAGAAACCCUCGCUUAAUAAACACUAUAGGGUGCACACGGGCGCCAAGCCGUUCGAGUGUCAGUUCUGCGGGCGCGCCUUCAGUCAGACCAACUCGCUCAAGUGUCACGUCCGCGCAGUCCACCACAAAAUAUCCCCCAACAAGAAGAAAACAGACAAAAAUAAAAAAGAUACCGAACCUGUAAAACAAUAA